AUUUGUAUGUCAAAUACCGAACGUAGUCGUUUGAUACGAAAUUAUUUUUUCUUUGAAUAUUUGAAUGCAAAAUUGAAAUAAAAUUAUGAUAAUAUUAGCCGAUUGCUUGUGUGUAAAGCUUUCUAAAUGAUGAGUGUGAUAUUUUUUAUCGCAAUUGUUUUCCUUUGAGAAUAAUGUAUACACUAAAGGGUAUUUUCCCCGAAACUAAAAAAGAGCACAAAAAGAACUUCAUAAAAGAAAACAUGAAACAAUUAAAGUAUAUUCAAGGAAAAUCCCCCAAGGAAGCCUUGAAACCAGUUCAUCCACCUAGACAUACUAAUUCAAAUGCAGCUCCAAAUGAUUUGACUCAAGUGAAAUCCACACCCUCAACUAAAAGUGGCAAGGUUGCACAUAAUGUUGGUAAACAUAGUGUUUUCAAAACACAUGAUGUUAAAAUUAAAAAAGGUGACAUGGCAGAGUUUCUCAGACGAAAAGAAUUAAGACAGGUGAAGGCUCAUGAUGACCAAAAUAUAGAAGAUGAUGUUCAAUCAAAUGAAUCAUCAGGUCGUCUGAGAGACAUAGCUUGUCAAACAAUGGAAACUAAUUUAUCUCAACGUUUAACCGAAAGCACUAAGUUAACAAUGUUGUAUCCAAGAGAGGACAGUGAUGCCAAGUUGAAGGCCAGUGGGGACUCGGGUCGCCACAAGUCCCCAACACCCUCUAACCACACCCCACGGACAGCUGGCGAUGAAUUAUUUGAAGAAAGGAACAGAAGCAGAUUAAAUUCUAUUUUAGAAAGAAAAGACAAAGAUCCAUAUCUUCCAGCAGGGUACCAAAAAGGUGUUCUUCCUAAAUACUUAAGGGAAAGAAAGGGACAGUGUACAAAGGAGAUAGAAGGUGUAGCCGUAGAAGAUGACCAGGUUGUUUGUCCUCCCGGACAUGUGACUCUUCCUGACAAUGAACGGAAGGAAACACUGAGGAUGCUUAGAAACAGUUUUGCAGAGCUUGUGAAUGAAUUGAACAAAAUGCCGGUAAAAACGGACACACUACGAAUGAGAAAUAGAAAAAUGGAAUUAGAGAAACAGCUGGCAAAAUUAGAGGAAGGCAUUAAAGUGUUUUCAAGGCCCAAAGUUUUUGUUAAGAUAGGGGAGUAGAUUACGAAUGUUACACAAUUUCUUGCAAUUGAUGCCUAAAUUUUGAUAUCUUGAUAUAUUUACUUUUUGUAAAUGGGUUUCAAAAAUUUUUAAUAUUAAAUUUUAAUUGUGAUGAAUUGAGUGAAAGUUUUAAGGCAAAUUUAAUGUGUUCUAUUAAAUUCUACUUAUUUAAGAUUUGACCAAUAUAAUAAAAUAAUAAUAUUUUAUGUACAAUUUCUAAAAUAAUGUAAAUAUUAUUAGAAGUUUAUUUUGUGACAUAAAAAUAUUAUUAUAACGAAACCCCUAAAUUGACUGUACUUCUUAUAUAUUAUGUACAAUGAUUAAACAAUUUAGUAGUAUGUUAGUUAUUUAAUGUUAUUUUUAUUGCAUUGGUGAUAAUUUAUGGUUUAAACAUUGUAACUAAUGUUGAGUAUUAAUAGUACUCAUUGUUUCUAUGAUUUACAGUGUCUUUAGCUUUUGGAAACUUAAAUAUAUAUUUAUCCAAAUUGCAUUAUUGCUUUUUUCUAACCUGUGGAGUACAGAAAGAAUUAAAACAUUAAAUUAUUAGACCUAAUUAAAAUUUAAAAUUGCAUAUUUUUGCAGAUGUGAUGUGAUAAAAAUGUCCCUCAAUAGUAGUAUGCACUUGUCUAAUUCUAUUUAUUACAUUGUGAAAUAUAACAAGGUUGUAUAACAGUGAAAACUCUCAUAGCUAAUUAAAUCCCAUUAAUUAACACAUUAUCAACAAUAUAUGAAGCAGUAAUAGUGAAUUUCAAACAUAUUAAUUUAUUUUAACUAUCAGGCUUAAGCUCUUAAUUGUAGCACAAGUUUGUUAUCAAUGAACAUACCCAAUUUAAAAUAAUUGGUUACAGUAAUGAAAUUAUUAUAUCCAUUUUUGUUCAAUGAUAUUGUAUGCAAAUAAAAUUUGAAAAACAAAACUUUAUGAAUGAUGCGGGAUUCGAACCCACAACCUCCGGUGCUCUAACCAACUGAGCUAACCGUUCAAGUACUGCCUCGUUAUAAAAUUCUGUUUGCUUUGUUCAACUCUCAGGUUGUGGCUUCAUCUACAGGAUCUACUUUACAGUUGAUAACCUGCUCAACCCCAGUAUUUGCAUAUUAGGAAAUUGACUUGAGAUGUCGCUCUUGUAACAAUAUGUUAUGGUUACGCCGGAGGUCGUGGGUUCAAAUCCCGCAUAGUUCAUAAAGUUUUGUUUUUCAUUUUUAGUUUCAAUUUUAUUUGUGUAUUAAUUUUUCAGUUUCAAUUUUAUUUGUGUAUUAAUCCUAGAAGUGAGGGUUGACACUUUAAAAACAUAACAUAUUGUUGUUAUUGUAUGUUUAUUCUAUAGCAUUACAAUACAUACUAAAAAAAGAAUAUUGAUAUAUAUAGAAUUAUAUUUAAAAACAAACAACUUUAACAAAUAAUAAAGCUAACCAGAAUUUAUCUACAUAUAUAUUUAUACUUUAGUCAUUAAAGUUUCCUAACAUGUUGGAAUAAAUGUUUAUUGAAAA